CCAAAUAAUAAUUAGCCUCCACACAUUAUAUAUUUUGUGCCCGAACCAUACAACACUUACCCACCAAAGUUCAAUACUCCAAGCCAUGGAACCCCAAAAGAAAGGAAUCAUGUAUGUUUUCAAGCUACCCACUGGAAAUCCAAAGCCGGAGGCCGACCAACCGGUGGUGACAAAGAAGGCGGUGUCAUGGGGUUAUUGGGGGCUUAGAAAAUCAAAAAAUUACCGGGAAAAUGAGCAUGGUGGUGGUGGCCAGAGGGCAGUAGAAGGUGGAAGAGAGAUCGUUGAGGGAAGAAAAUCAGUGUCCAUUGAGGCAAGAAAAUCGGUGUCCAUUGAGGCAAGGAAAUCAGUGUCCAUUGGGGCAAGAAAAUCGGUGUCCAUUGAGGCAAGGAAAUCAGUGUCACACGUAGAAACGACCAAUGUGGCGGCGGCCGCAGCGUUUCUACAGGUUAAGGUUCUUGUGACUGACAUGCCGGGGUUCAUGCAGGUGCAAGCUUUCAGAUGUGCAAGGAGAACAUAUGAUAGUUUAGAGAAGUUCAGCUCUAAGCACAUGGCUUACAACAUGAAAAAGGAAUUUGACAAGGUGUAUGGGCCAGCAUGGCACUGCAUUGUGGGCUCAAGUUUUGGUUCCUUUGUGACCCAUUCCACAGGGUGCUUUCUUUAUUUUUCAAUGGAGAAACUUUACAUUUUAAUAUUUAAAACAAAAGUUCAAAGAGCUUUGGAUUGAGUAAAACAAUAGUCUUUUAAUUUGAACGGUUCCACCACUGUAAAAGAUAUUAUUAUUUUUCAAAUUUGAUAUUUAUCAUUUCCAUUUCCUUUCUUCUUUUUACUGGUUAAUUAUCUGUUUUCCAAGCUUGUAAAUGUAAUUGAAAAGCACAUCAAAGUAUUUA